GUCCGUCCGGAACUGUUGGGUGGCGCUCGGAAGGUGCUGAGCACAGCCGUCCACCACCUUUCGCCUGACCUUCCAUCCUCCAAGGGCGUCUCAGAGCACCGGGCUGAAAAUCCAUGGGUCUGCGCGGGGCUGGGCCUGAGCUGAGUGGAGGGUGGAACCCAGGCGGCAUGGGCCUCCAGACCUGGACCGAGGGGACUCGGGCGGGGCCGCGGUAUUCCGCUGCCCCUUGACCGGAAGCAGGAACUCAGGCCUUGGCUAGGGACGACGGAGAUGGGGAGGCCGGCCCACAGGCCCCUGCAUCCUAGCAUCCUGGGCCUUGGUGCGCGAUAACAAUAACGAUAACAUUUCCUGGAAGCUUAAUUUGUGUCGGGCACUGCUAAGCGCCGUACGUAUCUUGGUUAUCCUCCUCACCACAUCUCUGUGAGGCAGAGGUGGAGGAGACACUGAAGCGGCUUCAGAGCCAGAAGGGUGUGCAGGGAAUUAUCGUGGUGAACACUGAAGGCAUCCCCAUCAGGAGCACCAUGGACAAUCCCACCACCACGCAGUACGCCGGCCUCAUGCACAACUUCAUCUUGAAGGCCCGGAGCACCGUGCGUGAGAUCGACCCCCAGAACGACCUCACCUUCCUUCGAAUUCGCUCCAAGAAAAACGAAAUUAUGGUUGCACCAGAAAACAGAGGUGAUGGUCCUUCCUCCCUGUCUGCUCUGGGAAGAUUAGAAAAGGCUGCGCUGCCGAGCACAGGCCGCUGCCGGUCACACUUGGCAGAAGCCCCCACAGGGGACGUGCAAGUUUACCUUCUGUUUGCCCAGCGACUGGAAGUAGCCUGAGCACUGCUGCUUUUCAAUCCCCCCCUUCCACCGCAUUUUAUGGUUGGUG